GCACUCUCGCCAUAAUUUCAACUCGCUUCAUCGCAAAGAUCAAUAAUGAUUGAUUACCACUACGUUAAAGUCUUAAACCCUCUUUGUUAAAUGUCAAAUGAUCACGCGUAUUGGCGAAGCCAUUUAUGUAAUCACUAAUUCACGCACUCAAAAAAGAAGAAAGCAAACUUGAGGUGUCUCACCUCUAUUUUUUACUUAUUCAGUAGUCUCCCAACUUCUAAGCACACCUCUUUCUGCCCAGUCUCAUGACUAAAAAGAGGAAAAAUACUGCCUUUUGACAUGUGGAUUGUGACUUGUGCGAGUCCUUAAAACAAACAAACGCCAAAGAAACGGCCAAGUUGCAUUGCUUUCACGCCUUCACACCCCCCUCUGUUCUUUUUCCUUUUUCAUUUCCCCACACACCCAUUUCUUCUUCCUCCAGCUCUCCAGAGUCAAGCCCCUAGAAAGGUGAACACACUAAGGAAUUCCAUACCAGGAAGAUUCAUCAACAUAAUAAUUAUAUAAGGGCUAAAAGGUUCGUUUUUUGGCCUGCAUCGUGAAUCUGUCCGUCGAAGGAGGAAAUGGGAUUCCUCUCCAGAUUCACCACUCUGCUUCUCCUCCUCUCCCUGCUCUCUGCUGCCACCAUCUUCACUUCUACAGAAGCUUAUGACCCACUUGACCCAACUGGAAAUAUCACAGUGAAAUGGGAUAUCAUGAGCUGGACCCCUGAUGGUUACAUGGCGGUUGUAACGCUCUACAACUUCCAACAAUACCGUCACAUUCAAGCACCAGGAUGGUCGUUGGGAUGGACAUGGAGGAAGAGGGAGGUGAUAUGGGAUGUUGUGGGAGGGCAGACAACCGAGCAAGGGGAUUGCUCCAAAUUCAAAGGAAACAUCCCACAUUGCUGCAAGAAGAAACCCACUGUCGUCGAUUUGUUGCCUGGAACUCCCUACAAUAAGCAGGUCGCAAAUUGCUGCAAGGGUGGAGUGCUCAGCUCCUGGGCACAAGAUCCAUCUGCUGCUGCUGCUUCGUUUCAGCUUAGCGUAGGACAGGCCGGCACUACCAAUAAGACAGUCAGGCUUCCUGUGAAUUUCACUCUGCAGGCACCUGGUCCUGGCUACACAUGUGGACCUGCUAAAGUUGUCAAACCGAGUCGAUUCACGACUGCAGAUAAACGACGAGUCACUCAAGCUUUGAUGACAUGGAACGUUACCUGCACGUAUUCUCAAUUUCUAGCUCAGAAAACUCCAACUUGCUGCGUCUCAUUAUCAUCCUUCUACAACAACACAAUAGUGCCUUGCCCAACAUGCUCAUGUGGCUGCAAAAGCAACACUACUCUGUCUGGAAGCUGUGUUGACCCGGAGAAACCACAUUUAGCUUCAGUAGUUCCGAAUCCAGGGAAGAACGGCUUGGCAGUGCCUCCUGCUGUUCAGUGUACGCAUCACAUGUGUCCCAUAAGAGUUCAUUGGCAUGUUAAGCUGAACUACAAGCAGUACUGGCGGGUGAAGAUCACCAUCACCAACUUCAACUACGCAAUGAACUAUUCUCAGUGGAACUUAGUGGCUCAACAUCCGAACUUCGACAACCUGACCCAAAUCUUCAGCUUCAACGCCAAGUCGUUGAAUCCAUAUGCAUCUAUCAAUGACACCAUGAUCAUGUGGGGAGUGAAGUUCUACAACGAUCUGCUGAUGCAAGCUGGCCCAACCGGUAACGUGCAGUCGGAGUUACUUUUCCAGAAAGAAACCGAGAGCUUCACGUUCGAAAAGGGAUGGGCUUUCCCGAGAAGGAUCUACUUCAACGGCGACAACUGUGUUAUGCCUCCUCCUGAUGCCUACCCUUGGUUGCCGAAUGCCAGCUCCCGCCAUAUCAUGUCCCCGUUGCUGCUGGUCACAGCGGUCGCUUUAUCUGCUCUGGCUUUCCUGCUUCAGUAGGCGCGCAUGCCUGCCACAAAAUUUUGACACACGGUACCUGGAAUCGGCAGCCUGGAGGUGCAAUUUGGCUGGAGGAUUAUGUCUCUGUUUAGGUGAAGUGAGAUCUGGUGAAUUCCCCAUGGUGUUGUAGUUUGUAAGUUGGUUUGUUUGUGUUGUGAUGAUGAUUGAUGUAUAACACCAUUUGUAGCUAUUGAAAACAGAAAAGGUGUAAUGAUAUGAAAGAUUGAUCCUUGUACAAAGAGCCGAGUAACUGGCUGAUAGCUGUAGAUACCUUGGAGCUAUUGAACAAAGAUCCAUUAAUACACCUAACUGAAAACA